CGGUUAAAAUAGUACAAAAAGGUUUCAGCGUCAGAAAUAACCCAACACAGGAACACACGCGUACGCGUAUAAUCAACGAAACGAGUUGUUCACAGUGCAGAGGGCAAGAUAAUGACUUUACCAAACAGUAUUGCGCUGCAAAGCGGUCAGAAAAUUCCAUUAGUGGGUCUAGGAACAUGGCAGGCAAAAUCAGAAGAAGUAAAAGCUGCAUUGGAGGAGGCUCUUAAAGCCGGCUAUAGGCAUAUCGAUACUGCAUUUAAUUAUACCAAUGAAGAAACAAUCGGCAAUGUUCUCAAAGAAUGGAUGGAUGCUGGAAAGAUUAAACGUAAUGAUAUAUUCAUAACGACGAAGCUGCCUCAUUUUGGAAAUCGACCUUCAGACGUUCCUAAAUAUUUGAAAAAAUCCCUCCAACGCCUUCAGUUGGAUUAUGUAGACCUUUAUUUGUUUCACCAUCCCUUUGCUUUUUUUCCUGACAGCAGUGGAGAAGUGCCUGCUGAAGAAAACGGAAACUGGGUUUUAGAUAAGGGCACUGACCAUUUGGCUAUUUGGAAGGCACUAGAGGAGCAAGUAGAUGCAGGUAAAGCGAAGGGAAUCGGUUUGUCUAAUUUUAAUAUAUCUCAAAUAGACCGAAUCAUCAAGAAUUCUCGAAUACCUCCUGUUGUCCUCCAAGUGGAACUGCAUGCAUAUUUCCAACAGAAGGAAAUUCGCCACUACUGCAAGGAACAGGGUAUAACCGUUAUUGCUUAUUCUCCUCUCGGGUCUCCAGGAGCGAAGGCACACUUUAUGAAGAAAUACAACUACAGUCCUGACAAGUUUCCUGAUGUGCUCGGGACACCUGCUAUAUUUGAUUUUGAUUUGAGUGACAGUGAAAUGACUCAGCUGGAUGCCUUGGAUCAAGGAGAAAAUGGUCGCAUAUUUGAUUUCUUGUGCUGGAAGGGAGUUCAGGAUCAUCCAGAAUAUCCAUUCCAGAAGAUCAGUACAGCAUAA